UCUUACUAUGUUGCUUGAUUGUUGAUUGUAUGCGCACGCACCCCGAUUUCGUUCAUUGGUUGCUCAGCUUAAGCAUUUUUCAUUUACCGAAUAUUCUGAUAACUCUCAAUUUAGGCCAAUAUUGGUUAGCGCUACGUUUCUUGUGUCGACUGUAUCGUGGUUUUAAUCAGAUAUUGAAGCAACGAUUGCAAAAAAUUAGUUCGAGCGAUUUAAGCGGUGGCGUUGAAACAAAUGCUGGUGAUACCUGCGCAAGCGAAUUCUUUUGGUAUCCGCGUGAAUUCUACAACACACACCACCCAGGCGGGAUAAAUGAUGAGUGCAAACUUUUGAAGGCUAUACGUGGAUCAUAUGGCGAUUUGGAUGCGUUGAGAGCACAAUUGACAAGCUUGUUUGGACUCGUAUUACUUUUAAUAUUUCUCGGCUCGCUACUCAGUCUAACCGUGGAAUGCUUUGCUGUUUAUAAAUUUCUUGAUUGUGAAGAUGCUGCGGCGAACGAGUUGGCAACGGUAUAUCAGAGGUUAUUGAAUAUUUUAAUUCAUAUUGGACGCAUAUUUCUUAUUUUAGUCACUAACAAUGCGAUCAUUGAAGAGAAAUGCCAAACUUCAUUCACACUAAAUGAGUUGCAUAUUACAUCCGAAGAAAUGGAACAUGAGGUCAAUCGCUUUCUAAUUCAACUCAUGGUUCAUCAGCCAGCAGAAAUGGUUUGUGGGAUAGUAGAUUUGGAUUUAUUAGCUCUAGGUGGGAUUGGUGGAAUUAUGGCCAACUACGUUAUAUUUCUUAUUCAAAUCGAUUUGGGCAACAUAAAUAUGGAUGAAAAUAAUCAAAACAUUACAGCAAUACCAGGAGAUAGAUUUAGUUUAUAA